AUGGAGAAUUACAUUAGUGGGACGGACGGGGACAUGUACGUUGUUCAGGCUCCAUGGGGUGAUCUGUUGCAAGUUUGCAGGAAAUCUGAUGUCACAGAAGAGCUGCUCGUACAGACUGAGAAAGUAUUGUUAUAUAAAGCUGAUAUGGCAGCAAAAAAACUUGUGGAAGUAAAUGGCUUGCAUGAUCAUGUGUUGUUUCUUGGGCGUAGUCAGUCGCAAUGCCUUAGUGCGGAAGCUUAUCCACAAUUGAAGAAAAACUGUGUUUAUUUCACAGAUGACGAGAUAUAUGUUUCGCACUAUAAGAAUAAUCGCCGGGAUAUAGGUAUUCUCAACUUGGGAAAUGACAGUACGGAAGAAAUUGUAUCUCAGCUUUGGUGCAAUUGGCCAAAUCCCAUAUGGAUAACACCAAAUCUCACGAGCAUGAAUGCAAAUAGCUAA